UCUGGCGCCCUUACAACGAAGUUGAUAUUCCACUAUAAAUGCAUGUGAAUUCCACGGAGAGAGAGAGAGAGACAGAGAGAGAGAGAGAGUAGUUGAGAGUGAUGGAGUAUGGUUUGAGGAACGGCGGCGUUCUAUGGUGGACGAUGGUGGUGGUGGUGCUAACGUGCGCAGUGUGCCAACAGCCGCCGCAGCUAUUCCAGGUGGGAGGAAAGAAGGGUUGGACGACAGGCGUGAACUACACCGAGUGGGCGGCGCAGCAGCGUCUUUUCGUCGGCGAUUGGCUCCUGUUCAGGUUUGACAAACACUACUACAACGUGUUGGAGGUGAACGAGACAAGCUACCAGCUAUGCAAUGACCAAAACUUCAUCACCAACAUCACAAGGGGCGGGAGGGACGUGUUCAAUCUCACACAGGCAAGGCCUUAUUACUUUCUCAGCGGUGGCGGUUACUGUUUCCAGGGGAUGAAACUGGCCGUCAAUGUCGAAGUAUACGUGCCUGCUCCGGUUGCCCCUCCUCCGUCCAAAAAUGGGGUUUACAUAAGUGCUGGCAUCCAAGAUACCAUAACAGUUGUGGUUGGGAUUGCUCUGGCGUUGGACUUUCUUUUGAAGUUGUAUUAGCUGGAAAAAGAGUUGUCGUUGUUGUUGUUUCUGUUCUUGUAGUUGAUGGGUUAUUCACAGGCCGUGUGACGAAUUCAAAUGGAGUCAUGGUUGGUGUGAAAAUUAAUGGAUGCAUUGCUGUGUUAGGAGUACUAUAUAUAUAUGUUGAAAGGGGAUGUUAGUUAAUACAUUCUCUACUGAUAGA